AAUCCUGGUUGUGGCUUCAAAUCCAUAGUGAAGCAGCUCAGGUCAUCUUGUGUUUGGGCGGUGGCAGAGUUCCUCUACGCGCCGGGAGCCCCGGGAAGCGGGAAGUAAGCAGGAAACGCGAAUUCCCAACCUUCUAAAGGUUGGCUUGAGAGCCUGCCGCACAGCCAGGUACUACUUCACCAGUUACUCUGGACAGUAACAAAACAAAUAAAAGCCCGAACCCAAACCCUCUCACCAUCAUAGGUCUGUAAUUACUCUGGAAUCAGUAAGCCAUGGUGUCAAAGAAAUUUGCUGUUAAGUGUGGGAAUUUUGCUGUCCUGGUGGAUCUUCAUAUAUCUCCGCGAGGUUCAAACAAAGAUACCAGCUGGUUUUCUGAACAGAAGAAAGAGGAAGUCUGUUUACUGUUAAAAGAAACCAUUGAUUCAAGAGUGAAGGAAUACUUAGGAGUUCGUAAACAGCACAGGCCGUCAAAUACAGAAUUCACAAGAUCCAAUCCCUUGUCCUUAAAAGGUUAUGGCUUUCAAAUCACAGCCUAUUUCCUCAAGAGAGGGAUACGUCUCCGCUGCCUCGGGGGCUCACAGAAUGCAGAACUCCGGGUAUUUCCCGACAGAUUUGUGGUCUGCGUAAGUCAGCUUGCAUUCAGUCACGAUCUUUUGGCAAGUCAGAGUGAAGAGUUGCCGGGAAGAGCUCUCCAAGGAGCGUCGGAGGAUCGUGCUGCAUGCAUGGAGAGGCCGCUUCUUCCUGGCACAGAGCUCAGGAGAAACGCUCUGCAAGACCUUGUGAACAGAACUGAAACAAAAAGGAGCAUCGUGAGCAAAUCACGGAGCAGCAGGAACAGUGUGGGAACAUCCAGUGACUCAGUGAUUGCGGAGGUAGCACGGAAGAGGGGGGACAGCCAGGCCCCAUCCGGUCCCCCGUCCAAGGGACAGGCGAAGGCUUACAUAAAGGCAGCUGAGAGCCACCGGGGGCUUCCUGUUCCAAAGCUGGAGAAAGUUCAUCAGCCCCCGCCAGAAGGCACCAGCAGCCAGCAGAAACCUCAUCCUGGGACGCGGUUAGAGACGGGGCUUCUUCGCGGGAGCCCUGUCUGUAGCUGUGAGUCAGCAUUCCCGGGUCCAAAACAAAGUCCACGAGGGGCCAGAGCACAACAGAAACGCAGGAACCGCGGCUCUGUAGAAGACGCCGACCACCGCAAGAGAGCUUCUCUUGGAAGUGAUCGAUUAGUCCCAAGGGAAAUAAUAGUGGAAAAAAGCAAAGCUGUCAAGGUUUUGCCAACUUCAGAGCUGUCAGAUCCGGGGUUACUUUUGAAACGAGAUUUGGCAGAAACUGCGUCUAAUGAAGAGUUGCAUGCUUUGGAAAAUCUCUCCUCCAGACAUCUUACGAAAAAUAAGCCAGGGCAGGCACGGCAAACUGGCUCAGCCACAAACACUGAAAGAUUAGCUACGACUCAGGGCAGCCCAAGCAAGAAAAGAAAGAAGUACGAAAGAGGCCACUAACUUACGGAAGAAGAUUGCAAACUCGUAGUUGAGGAUGUAGUGGCCAAGCCUGUGACAAACGAGCAGUGUGUCUCGAUGCCGUGAUUUUAAAGGAAUUCAAAUGAUUGUUUCAAAUACAAAAUACAUACCUGCGUUGGGGUCAGCUUUCAAAGCAGCGGCCUCCAGGAGCCUACGUGCUUGUUCUGACAGCAUUGCUACUUUCUCAUUCACACUUUAUAACUGUCUUCAGAAAUUUACUUUAACGAUAAAUAGCCACUCGCUUUGUUGGCAGUGACAGUGUCCAUGAAGGAACCGCAUGAAGAAAACAAUCUUGUGCUUCCUUGUCACAUCCAUGUACAGACCACACGAUGGGCCACAAUGCUGCUGGUCAGUUCUCCUGCCCUUCAGCCUGAGGAGGGCAGCCAGCACUGGAGGAACAGGCUAGCAGUUCACACUGUCUGCCUGUGGCACCAGCACCAUGAUCUGAAUCUGUGGAAGAAAUGCAGAGCCUGGGUCCCACCCAGACCUACAGAAUGAGAAACUCUGGGGGAUUCUGAAACCUGCCCAGGUUCGAGAACCACCGGGCUAAUUGGAGACUCCCUAGUGUUGAUUCCCUCCAGCCUGGCAAUUGUGGCCUCCAGCGCAUCGGCAGGGGCCCACGUGUGGACAGGCACCCGUCAUGCCCCCUCCAACCUGUAAAGCACCUGGGUUCAGUGUAUGAGUCACUUUGUUCCCAGGUUCUUAAGCAGGGCGGCCACAGAGCCCAGGGAGCUGUGACUUUAUCCUAAGAGUUGCAGGACAUUUACAUAUAAUUCAGCCCAACAUUAGGGGAAGAUGUGGGAGAAGCUUGUUCUUGCUUGUAGCUCAGGCAUGUCCCUGCCCUUGCCGCCACCUCUAAGAUUCUGGUUUAAGUUCAGGACGGACAAGAACCCAAGUGGAACUCAGUGGCCAGAGUUUGCGGUUUUCCACUUGGAAGGCUUCACAGGCAGUUUAAAUUUCAAACCAGGAGCCUUCCAUCUGCAGUAUCACCCACUGUUGUCUCCAGUGGGCUUGCUGAAAUGUCACAUAGUGAAUCAUAGCAAUGACUUAUUUUGGAUGGACACCUACAGUAGAUUUUCUUAACCCAGUUUCAUUCUAAAAUAAGGAAGAAACCAUAUGCAGAGGCCACCCAUCAAAUGCAUCUUUUUUCCUGCUCAACAUUGGGUGGUCCUUUGAAGUAGUACCUCCCUAGUAACAAGGAAAAUCAAGUAUAUUCCCCAAAGUGUAGGAGUUAGCAAAAAAUAACCCAGAAAAAGCCCAACAAUAUAAAAGAAUAUGGAAGUAGACACAGUGUAAGUUCAUGCUUAAGAUUAAUUAGUGGUUUCUCCCAGCUCAUUGUGUCCUUCCCCACUCUCCUUUCCCCUCUUAGAUUGCAGGGCAAGGCUCAUUAAGAGGCAACCAUAUUUCAUGGCAUCAUUUUGUGUCAUGAAGCUAAGUCUUGCUUGCCAUACCUGGCUGUGGAUACAAGUGCUAGCCCUUUGAUGUUGCAGACUCUUCUGGUAGCCUGUUCCCUUCCUAUGGUCCCAGCCUCACCACCCCCACCAGGAACAUGGCCCCGCCCACUGAUACCCCUUCCUCUUCCCACUUAGCUUUUUUCCUGCCCCAGGUGAUUCCAGUCAUAGGAUUCUAUAGGAAAGGGAGCCCAACAGAAUACCAACCACAGUGGAGCAGAUUCUGCUCCUCCAGUAGGGGCAGACUACACAGGGUGGAAACCUCCUGAGAAGGUGGUAGAACAUGGCCCAUCCUGGGCCCCUCUCUCAGAGCGAUGCGUAUUCUCGGUGUGCUCUUCACUAAAGACAGGACCACAGUGUGUCACUGAAUCUUCUUAAACAAUUAUUGGAACAGUUUAAGCAGAGAGGGCACAAAUAAUAACCCAGGGAAUAGGCCAAGAAACAAUGAGCUCCCUGGAAGAGUCUGGAAUUAAAAAGAGCCAUUCCAAUAGCUGCUGCCUACCCCAGAACUAGGAGAUAUUUGAACUGGAGGCACCAGAGAAAGUUUUUAUCGAGUUUUUAUUUCAUUAGUUAACCUAGGCCUGGUGGUUAAAGCCAAUACUUACACGCUUAGUGAUCGUCCUUCAAGAAAAGACUUGUUUUAGAGUUUGGUAUAUUUGUGGAAAUAACAAUGACUGUGAUCUAGAGGGAAAAUAGCACCCUUGGCUGUAGAUAGAUAGGGUCUUUCUCGCAGCCAUCAUGUACGUGGGAUUUUUAUCAGGAUUAACAGAGGGAACAGCUCUCUGCUUCCGCAAUAAGGCAUGUGUUUGAGGAAUUUUACCUUUAAGCAUUUUCCUUCCACAUGUCUGAAACACCCCUGGAUCUCUUGGUACUUGAGUGGUUCUUUGAUUCUUUGGAUAUUUGGAAGUACGGAGUGGAAAAUGGGCUGCCAGGGUUUUUUUGUUGCUUACUAGGUGGGAAAUGAAGAGUUGGUUCUCUACUGCCAGAAGUGGGUGUGUUUUGAUAUUCUUAAUAAUCUUAAUAAUUUCCAGCAUCUGAAAAUCUGAGACCCUGUCAGUAUUCUUAGUUAAAAAGAAUAAGUUCUUCAACCACUUACUUCAUAAAGCAAAUUAAAUGUAUAGUCAAGUUCCCGUAAGUCUAAUGCUUGGAAUCCAAGUCUGAUGCUAUGGGUCCAAUUUGAUUAAUGUUAUAACUUUGAACUCCCUAACUUUCUCGAUGUCAUGGCUUCUACGUCACCUCCAAGUGCUUUCAAAUGACUUUUUAAUAGAUUGGUGGUGGGGUUUUUUUUUUUGUUUUUUUUUUUUAAUGUUCGCAAAUGUCUGAGAACAGUCAGAGUGACUUUUCUUACACAUUUUUCUUUUCUUUGCCUCUGGAGGUUAACUGUCAUCCAGAUAUGCAUGUAAAUUGCUAAAUGCAAAGGAGCAAACGUUUGGGGAGAGAGGAGUAAAUGCUGCAGCUUUUGUGCUCACUUAUUUUAAAUGAAAAAAAAUAGGAAAAAUGUAUUUCAUUUUAUAAAAAGGAAGAGUCACGAACACUCUCUGUAUUUUGAUUUUUGGAGACUAUAGCUUCUUUCUGAAUGAGUAUCUCAGGGUAUAUCUUGGGGACAACAGUGGGAUCACAGUUAAUUUGUUUGCUCUCAGUGUCAUGUUUGGACUUUAGCAUGAAUUGUUGUGCCUAUCAGUGGCUUUUGAUUUCAGAAAGAGCUCAGAGAGAGCAGAGCACGUAAGGGAAGGAAACCUCUGUACCCAAGAGAGUGGCCUGGGAUCACAGUGUCGCCGUUCCCAGUUUCCUUGAAUUCCUUCUUGGCAGGACCCACUGUAAUAUCUCCACGGAAUUCUGGUGAGUGGCCUUCCUUUGGCUUUCCUAAGAGCCAGAACCUCUCUUUUCAGUGUACUGUGCUAUGGCUUGAGUAUGGAAAUCCUUUUAAUUUCUUCUUUUAUGAGGAAAUUUCCAUGCUUGGUUUGUCAAGACAAGAGAGUUCAAACUUUGUUAUUGAAACACAAAUGAAUUGAAACGCGUUGCAACAAGUAAGAAAUCAAAGUUAAGCUGAUUUCUGUUAAACAGUUUAAAGUCUUCCUUGGUACAAAAUAAAUUAGGCAUUGUAAAAUGAAGUUAAUUCAGAAAAUCACUCAGGGCAGAAGUCUAACCAUGUAUAUCAUUGGUGUUACAAUUUAUGAUGUAAUUAAAUUCUCAGAAAUCUGCAGAACUCCCUCUAAUUUGGUUUCUGUGUUUACUCAACAAGACAAGGAACAAAUACAUGUCAACAUGUAGCUUAACAGAGGAAACUUGAGUGGAUGAAAUUAUUGCCUUUAAUUGUCGAGAACUGCUCAGCACCGGGGUUGGAUUUAAUCACAUAAGUUGUAUUAUGCAGCAUGAUAUUAUCUGAUGAUUGCUGUUACAGUUACUUAUCAAAAAUCUUGUUAAUUAAACAAAAAUCAGUGAAACCAUACAUUUGGUCCCCAAGCACCUGACCAGGCAACUAAAGGUAUGGAUUUGACAGAUCCCCAGAAGAAACUUUCUUCAGUCAAGGUAGAAAGCCAAACACUGCAGGCAUCACCAGGAGAGCUCCCUUCUCCCGUUAGCCUUAUCCUCUCAUUUGUUUUGUUUAAACUGCUAAAAUAGUUCAAAUAGUUGUGCACGCCUAGGGGAUGAAACUAGUAUGUAGUGUAAAUGAGCCUGUUUUAUGAAUAAAAAGUAAAAUUGUUUUAAAAAAGUAAA